ACAAACACAUUUAUAUCAACCGCCAUCUUGAAACAGUAUAAACGAAGGAUGUUUUCUCGGACGUUCGCAAGCAUGCUAUAAAUAUAAACAGCGCGCUUAACGAAGCAUCUUUAUACUUUAUACUGUAAACGAGAUUAAACCAGCGAAAAUAUGUCUGACGCAAAGCCAAAAGCUAAGAAGCCAGCAAAGCCUGCUGAGCAUCCUAAAUACUCCGAAAUGGUACGUGCUGCUCUGACUGCCUUAAAGGACCGUACUGGAUCCUCCCGACAAGCCAUCGAGAAGUACAUCAAGGCAAACUACAAGGUCGGAGACAAUACCGGGUCCCAACUGAAACUCGCGCUCAAGCGUAUGGUCCUUAAUGAUACAAUUGUACACACUAAGGGCGUUGGAGCUUCAGGUUCUUUCAAGCUGAACAAGGCCAAAGAAGAAAAGCCAAAGAAACCAGCAAAGAAAGCCGCUGCUAAGAAAGUCGCAAAGAAACCCGCUGCUAAAAAACCAAAGGCAAAGAAACCUAAGUCACCUAAGAAGGCUAAGUCACCAAAGAAAGCUAAAAAAGCAGCAGAUAAACCCAAGAAGGCUGCCAAGAAACCCGCAGCGAAGGCUAAACCAGCGAAGAAGCCAGCAGCAAAGAAACCUGCCGCCAAAAAGCCCGCCAAAAAAGCAGCGAAGUCCCCAGCCAAG